UACGAGGUCUUAACACGUAAACACGGAAAGUUGUGAUGUUCACACCUACCAAGAGUAUCAUCUAGCGUUCGACUUGACAGCCGUUUUGCUGAAGCUGUAAAGUGAGUGAGAUGGGUGGAUCUAACGAGAAAAUAACGUACCACGAUUUUACAAGAACCGUGGCGGGACUGAAUGAAUGGCUUGCCAACAUUUGUGGUAGUGAUGGAAAGUUCAUACGAUGUGACAUACUGCCUGGUUGUGAACGAUCAUUUCUAUGGAGGUACCGAAUACGAAUUCUAUGUGGCAAGGUUGUAUCUGCUAAUGAUCUCUUACAGACUCCUCGACAGUUCAACUUCAAGCAGUUUCUCAAACUACAGAGUGCAGUGUAUCAAGAGAUGGCCAGACAUACAGUUGACAGUCAGACCGGACCGGAUCCUUUUAUCGAGCUUUGUAAUGAUAGAUCUGAUGUAAGGAGAGGCUGGAUGAUGGUCAAAACUGCAAAUGCAGAAGUUACUGAGGAAUCGGAAUCUAACGUAUUGGCAGACGCUGCAACUCCUCCUGCUGUUGCUGCUGUAAUCAGGACGGGAUCUCUACUGAAUGACCAUUGUUGCAUUUGCUGGGACAACGAAUGUAACACUGUAUUGCCGUGCACUCACCGUUACUGUAAUGGUUGCAUCAUGCAAUGGAGUUUGACUAGCACCGACUGCCCUCAGUGUCGAGGCACGUUUGCAGCCUCAACAGAAACGUAUCACCUGGUGAGAAAGUCUUCAGACAUCGAGGUCACUUACGGUGAUCUCAUUGCUGCCAUGUUUCAAUCAAUGCCGUCUACUUCGACCGACACUUUUUGUCACUCGAUUUCUCCACAUCCUUGAUGGAUGGCUGUGUGACAGCAUAGCAAUGUGUUAUGCUUGGAUGGUGUCACUGUGUAUGAUAACAUAUUAAAAUGUCGUUUAACUAUUGACUAGUUAAUAUCAAUAUUAUAUUUAAUCUUAGUAUU